AUGGUGUUUCUGGUCCUGGUCUUCCUUGCAACUGCUUGUGUGUGCUGGCUGGGAGUGGCACUGUGGGUGAUCUGUAGACAGCUUUUCACCGAAUACAUCCCCAAAGACAUUGGCCACCCAGUGAAAUUGAGGAUUUUCAGUUCUGUUUUCCAGCUGGCAUUAACAUGGGGAAGAAUUCUUGAGAAACUAAGAAUCUGUUCUGCACCCCAAUUUGUCUGUUUCUUACACGAUCUAUGCCCCUUAAAAAAGGAUGCACGUGUUAUGGUCACAGAUCUUCACUUUGGAACAAUCCCUGUGAAGCUGUACCAACCCAGGGCAGCUUGUGACACACCCAGGACCGGCAUUGUCUUCUACCAUGGUGGUGGGACCAUCCUGGGGAGCUUGAAAAUUUACAAUGACAUCUGCCUACGCUUGUGCAAGGAGAGUGGCUCUGUGGUCCUGUCCGUUGGAUACCGGAUGUCACCCAAGUACAGGUUUCCAGUCAUGCUAAAUGACUGCACUGUGGCCACCAUCCACUUUCUGAAGUCGCUGAACAUGUAUGGGGUAGAUCGGGCUCGAGUGGUGCUGUGUGGGGACAGUGUGGGUGGGUGGGCGGCAACUGAGCUUUGUAAACUCCUCCGGAACCAUCCAGGCCUACCCCGCAUCCGGGCUCAGAUCCUGAUCUAUGCCGCCCUGCAAGCAGUAGAUUUUCAGAGUCCCUCCUUCCAGCAGAAUCACAACAUCCCGUUCCUCACCUGGGACAUGAUCUUUGACUGCUGGUCUUGUCACCUGGCUAUCAGCUCUGGGUGGAAAAGCACCAUCAAGAAAGGGACCCAUUUGUCUCCCGAAUUCUGGAAGAAAUACAGUAAGUGGUUGGGCCACGAAAACAUCCCUGAGAGGUUUAAGAAACGAGGCUAUCGGCCCAUAGUCCCUGGGCCUGUGAAUGAAGAUGCUUACCUGGAGACAGCUAUGGCUAGGAGUGAAACCUGCACGCCCAUCAUCACCCCCGAUGACAUCCUGUCUCAGCUCCCGGAGGCUUGCAUUGUGAGCUGCGAGUAUGACCUGCUCCGGGACCAUUCACUCUUGUACAAGAAGAGGCUGGAAGACCUGGGGGUACCGGUGACCUGGCACCAUAUGGAAGAUGGUUUCCAUGGGGUGUUCAACACCCUUGGCUUUGGCUGCUUAGAAUUUCCCUGCUCCUUGAGAAUUUUAAAUUUGAUUGUCCAUUUUAUCAAGGGGUUAUAA